GACCAAGGGACGGGUCCUCGGCCCGUCCCCCUCGACCCUCUCGGACCGGAAAAUCCUGGCGAGGCUCGAGGGCGCAGGGUCCGCACAGCCCGGAUGAAAAGCAGACCCGGGGAAGCUAGUGGGAGUCAGGACCCCGGGCGAUGAGGGCGGUGAUGAGGGAAGGAGGCUCCGGGCGCCGCCGGCGCAUGCGUAUUGGGGAUCUGAGGCCAGUGCCUUGCGCCGCCAUUGCAGGGAGGCUGUUGUCAGAGCUGUCCUGGCGCGCCGGCUGCUGGACCGGCCCCAGGAGCCCAGUCACCGGGCGUCAUUGGCUCAGGCGGUGGGGCCCUCGGCACCUUCUCCCGCCCGGGUCCACCCUGGCGGCGGCGGCGGCGGCGUCAGGGGGCGGAGCCUCCCGGAGCGCCCUUUGUCUGCGGAGGUCAACAUACCUGGUGUAAGGAGGCAGGAUUGAGAGUGACUCUCACCCACCACUGGUGUUUCCUUCUCUUUGAAAGUGGCGCUUGGCACCAGCAUGAACUCCCCGUCCUCAGCAGUCCCACCAGACAACUGGCUCUGCUAUCUCUAGUCGCCCAUCUUGGGGGAAAACCCGUCUGCUUCUCCUGACUGUGGGGCUUCUUCCAAGCUUAUGCUUGGGGAAUGAAGAACCUAUGUCUUAAAGUGCUUUUAAAUCGCUCCUGAAAGGUCUGCCUCUUAAUGAAGGGGUUUUGAAAUGUUAGGUUCCUGCCACGCUUGGGCCAUGAAUGGCUGCCUCAUCUCACAGGACCAUUUCACUGGAACUGCAGUUUUCUGUUUUAAAAAAUUGCUCCUCAGAAUGGCCUCUUUCUUUAUUUCCAUCGUUCAACAUUUUAAAAUAGAUUUCUCAGGUCAACCUUUGUGAACAGAAAAAGAAUGAUUCCUUCAUGAUUAUUAGCAAAUAAUACAAUCUUACUCUGUUGUUGAAACACGUGAUUUUCCAUCUUUCUAAAGAAAACAGUCACUGUUUCUCAAGGCAGGGAGCAUGUGUUCUCUGUUCUGGAAAAGGUUAGGAAAAAGGACUGAGGCUGAAUUUGUUGUCAUUGGCACAUGUACACAUCUCUGCUUUUUGUAAUGUGUGAAUCUGAGAAAUUCUAAAAGUGCUUUUUGAUUAAAGAAUGCCACACCUAACUGUGCUCUGUCUGUGUGAAGAAUAGUUUGUAUGUCUCUUUACAGACUCUGUAAGCCCCUAGGUGGCUGAGACUGCUGGAUUUCUUCUGCUGACCCUGGUGCAUCUCAUUACAGGUCUUCAACCCAAAAUUCUAUCUUAUAAGAUCCCUGCCAGGAUGCAGAUUUGAAUACCAUAGUGAAGUCCGUACAUGAGGAAGUGAUGCCUUUAGGGAGGGGAAAAAAUGGUAAUAACAACCUUCAAGAGCCCCUACAUCUCAACUCGGCAUAAACAAGGCAAGAUUCUGAGAGUGGCCACCCCUGGAAGCAGAAAUCAUUCUUGUGGCUAUCCAUUGGCUCCUAAGGCUCUCAUCAGAGAUGGGGCACCUUUAGUACCAGGGAGUGGCUGUUCCCCAUAAGGUACUGGAAAUUCAACUUUCAAGAGCAGCCCCAGCUGCUGAAGCUACUGGUCCUGGUAUGUCUCCUGACUGUCAUGUAGAAGAUAGCAGAGCUUUGGUGACUUUACAACAUAAGAACUGCAGAGAGGUGUAGUCCCAGUGGAAGACUGAAUCCAGAGACUCAAAAAGGAAGAAUGCUGUUUUUUCUCAGGAGGGGAACAUGGAGGAGAAAGAAAUGAAUGAUGGCUCACAGAUGGUGAGAUCCCAGAUAUGGAGGUCUGUGUGCCCUCCAUUGGAUCUCAGCAAGGCUGUGACUGGAAGAUGCAAAGCUUUGUGACUUUCAAGGCAGAUCAUAAAUGGCAGUAAGACUUCUACCUCAUUCUGUUGGGAUGUUUACUCUAAACCCGGCCACCUUGUCAGGAGGAAACCCGGACAGCCCAUGGAGAAGCCCAUAUGGAGAGAAGCCAAGGCCUACAGCCCUAGCUGAGCUCCCAGCUGAAAGCCAGCACCAAUUUGCCAGCCUUGAAUCACUGACAUUUCAGGACGUGGCCGUGGACUUCACCAAAGAGGAGUGGGACCAGCUGUACCCUGCCCAAAAGAACCUCUAUCGAGACGUGAUGCUGGAGAACUACAGGAAUCUGGUUGCACUGGGGUAUCAGCUUUAUAAGCCAGAGGUAAUCGCGCAGUUGGAGCUAGAGGAAGAGUGGGUGAUAGAAAGAGACAGCCUGCUGGACACUCAUCCAGAUGGAGAAAACAGACCCGAAAUCAAAAAGUCAACCACAAGCCAGAAUAUUUCUGAUGAAAAUCAAACCCAUGAGAUGAUAAUGGAGAGACUCUCUGGAGACUGCUUCUGGUACUCCAUCCUAGGAGGACUCUGGGAUUUUGAUUACCAUCCAGAGUUUAACCAAGAAAACCACAAGAGAUAUUUAGGACAAGUAACUUUGACCCACAGAAAGAUCACACAGGAGAGAAGCCUUGAGUGUAAUAAAUUUGCAGAAAACUGUAAUCUGAACUCAAACCUUAUGCAUCAGAGAAUUCCUUCUAUUAAAAUACCCCUGAAUUCUGACACACAGGGAAACAGCAUCAAACAUAAUUCAGACUUGGUUUACUAUCAGGGAAAUUAUGUAAGAGAGACUCCCUACGAAUACAGUGAGUGUGGAAAAAUCUUCAAUCAACAUAUUCUUCUUACUGAUAAUAUUCAUACCGCAGAGAAACCCAGUGAGUGUGGGAAGGCCUUCAGCCACAACUCAUCUUUUACCCAGCCUCAGAUGGUGCUUACAGGAGAGAAACCCUAUAAGUGUGAUGAAUGUGGAAAAAGAUUCAGCCAGAGGAUACAUCUCAUUCAACAUCAGAGAAUUCACACAGGAGAAAAGCCUUUUAUAUGCAAUGGAUGUGGGAAAGCCUUCCGUCAGCAUUCAUCCUUUACUCAGCAUCUGAGGAUUCAUACUGGAGAAAAGCCCUAUAAAUGUAAUCAAUGUGGUAAAGCUUUUAGCCGCAUCACAUCCCUUACUGAACAUCAUAGACUUCAUACUGGAGAGAAACCUUAUGAAUGUGGUUUCUGUGGCAAAGCCUUCAGUCAGAGGACACAUCUGAAUCAACAUGAAAGAACUCAUACAGGAGAGAAACCCUAUAAAUGUAAUGAAUGCGGGAAAGCCUUUAGCCAGAGCGCGCACCUUAAUCAACACAGGAAAAUCCAUACUAGGGAGAAAUUAUGUGAAUAUAAAUGUGAGCAAACAGUUUGCCACAGUCCUUCACUUAGCAGCACAUAACUUGUGGUGGGGGAAAUAGAUAAAUAUAUAAAUGUAGGAGAUUUUUUGGUCAGACCUUUUUAUCCCAUUCAAUAUCAAAUUAUUCAUAGUGGAGAGAAAGCUUAUACAUAAACUUUCUUUCUUUCUUUCUUUCUUUCUUUCUUUUUUUUUUCUGUCACCCAGGCUGAAGUGCAGUGGUGCGAUCUCGGCUCACUGCAGCCUCCACCUCCUGGGUUCAAGCAAUUCUCCUGCCUCAGCCUCCUGAGUAGCUGGGACUACAGGUACGCACCACCACACCUAGCUAAUUUUUUGUAUUUUUAGUGGAGACGGGGUUUCACCGUGUUGGCCAGGCUGGUCUCAAACUCCUAACCUCAGGUGAUCUACCCACCUCAGCCUCCCAAAGUGCUGGAAUUACAGGCAUGAGCCACUGCACCCGGUCAUAAACUUUCAAUGCAUAGAAACCAAAUUAAUUUAAACCUUAAACUAGCAGCAUAUUACAUUCCCAG